AUGACGAGCGUUCCCUCGACGUUUACCUCGCGCGAGGACGCGCGGAAGGCGAAGGAGCUCGAGGAGGCGCGGAAGGCGGGAACUGCGGAGCCGGAGAAGGACGAGGAUGGAAAUGCGAUCAACCCGCACAUUCCGCAGUACAUUAGCAAGGCGCCGUGGUACUUGAAUCAGCAGAAGCCUGGGCUGAAGCAUCAGCGCUUUGUGCCGGAGGAGAAGGAAGACAUCACGCUCUGGUACGAGCGCGGCAAGAAGCGCGACGUCUCGAAGCCGCGGAAAACCAAAUUCGAGAAGGGCGCCUGCGCGAACUGCGGCGCCAAGACGCACACGGAGAAGGAUUGCGUGGAGCGGCCGCGGAGCAAGAAAGCCAAAUUCACCAACGAAAACCUCUGCGACGACGAAGAGGUCUUCACCGACCUGAAGCUCUCGUACGACGGCAAGCGCGACAGGUACGCCGGCUACGACCCCAGCGAGUACAAGUGGGUCAUUCGCGACUUUGAGCUCGCCGAGAUCGAGCGGAAGCGCCGCAAGGCGCUGGAACUCGAGAAGCAGAUCCUCACGCUCAAGAAGGGCAAGAAGGGCCGCAAGAAGGGCGAGCGGGAAGAGAAAGCCAUGCGCAAAGAGGCAGACGGCGCGGCGGCUGGAGAUUCGGACGGAACGAAGAAGAGCCGCGGGCGGAGCGACAGCGGGACGAGCGACAGCGACACAGACUCCGAGAGCGACCAGGACUCGUCCGACGAAGACGUGAAGCAGCACGAGUUUGACCAGACCUCCGCGCCCGUCGCCUGCAGCGACGACCGCUUCCGUAUCAACACGAAAAACUUGCGUAUUCGCGAAGACACCGCCAAGUACCUGCUCAACCUCGACUCCAACAGUGCCUUCUACGACCCCAAAAGUCGCAGUAUGCGCGGAAACCCCUUCGAACACCUCAAAGAAGAAGACCAGGCGCUCUUCAAGGGCGACAACUUCGCGAGAACGACUGGAGACGUCCUCAAGGCCCAACAGCUCCAGCUCUUCGCGUGGGAGGCGUACAAGCAUGGCGCCCAGGUUCACUUCAACGCUCAACCGACGCAGCUGGAGAAACUCUAUCAGGAGCACGUAGAUAGAAAAAAGGACUUGGAAGACCAGAAGAAAAACGCUCUGCUGACCAAAUACGGAGGCGAGGAACACCUGAACGCAGAUCCGCGGCUGCUGUCAGCGCAAACCGAAGUCUACGUCGAGUACUCUCGCGACGGCAACAUCGCAAAGGGCCGCAACCGCGUAUUGGUGAAGUCCAAGUACGAGGAAGACGUCUACAUCGGCAACCACACCAGCGUGUUUGGCUCGUGGUACAACAUGGCGACUCAAAAGUGGGGUUUCAAGUGUUGCAAGCAGACGGAUUUCGGAGCGGACUGCACGGGAAAGCCAGAAGAUGCGAUCACGGAGGAGUCACUUGGCUUGAAGGCGAGGGAGAGGUCGAGCGGCAAAGCUGCUCAGGAAGUGACUCCUCAAGAAGCCGAGACGGAGAACGCUCCGGCAGAGAAGGCUGCAGAGGUUCGAAUUCCAGCUACUUGA